AUGGCGGUACCCUUGUUGCCAAAAUUCAAAGUCCUCUCCAUAAAUCUGUAUGAUGGUUCAAAAGAUCAUGUGGAACACUUGGAGACCUUUAAAGCUCACAUGACACUUCAUGAAUUUCUUGCAGAGAUUGCAUUUAGGGCUUUUCCUCUAACCCUAAGAGGUACAACGCUAGGAUGGUUCGAGGCAUUACAACCAGGAUCCAUAGAUAGCUUUGAUGAGCUAGGCCGACAACUCCUGACUCAGUUUAUGGUGAGUAGAAAAUGCAAAAGACCGGUUGCAUACUUGCUAACUGUAAAGCAACGAGAAGAAGAGAGCCUAAAAGUGUAUGUCACAUGCCUAAAUAAGGAGAGUAUGACGACUAAUGACCAGGAUGAGAAGAUUAUGUUGGCCGCACUGCUUGGGGGCAUAUGGCCAAGAAGUUCCUUUAUGGCUGAACUGGCAAGGAAGACCCCUUCCACAUUAUCAACAGUUUAUGGAUAA